CAACAGUUUUAGUCUAGUGUUCAUUUGUUCAAAUACUGUAGAUGUGAUCAAAUUUUUUAAUAUGUGGAUUUAAAUGAUAAAAACAUAUAUUACAUUGCCUACCAAAAAAGAUUAAGAAAUGUACACUGAACACUUGUUCACAAUAUUUUUUCUUCUGAUUUUUUCCUUCUCCAAAUGUGGGUUUAAUUUAAUAAUGUAAUUUCUGUAGGACAUAAAACACAUAAAGAAGAAAUGUGAUGUGAGUAUAUCAACGCCUGUCUUGUCUCAUGUAAUUUAUUGCUUGUGAGGUAAACAGCACACUUAUGUCUCACUGAAGUGUAUUCUUUUGCAUCCGUUCACGCUUUAAUCUAUCAAAUGAUCUGAGAUUUUCUGAUUUGAAUAUUUACUGUUAAUGUAUGACUAAUAAUAUCACAGUUUAUUUGCAUGCAUAAAAUAUGUACACAUUAACAUAAGCACGGGCAAACUCUUUUUUUCAAAAUUUUUAUUUUUUAUUUUAUAAAGCUAUUUGCAGCCUUUUCCCCUUUAAAUUCAUCGCAAACGUUGUAGUCAUGCAAUAUUGCAUUGUUUUAUUUGCACUAAAGCGGAUACAGACAAGCAGUGCGCCGGUCUGUCAGGUGCUGUGUGUUUGUGCGCGUGUAUGUAUGUGUGUGUGUAUGUAUGUGUGUGUGUGUGUGUGUGUAAGACAGCGGCUCGCGAUGUCCACGCUCUCCACCACUGUUCUGGUGAUCCGAUAGUUGUGAAAAGCCACCACUAGUCGCCCCCAGUGCUCUUGCAGUCUCCAAUUUUCUUUCCCACUGUAGACUUAACGUCACGUCCGCACUUGAACUUGAAUUUUAUCCCAUUGUACGGAGGCAGCCCUCGCCACAGAGACACAGAGAGCUCCCGGAGAAGCAGGACUCCGCCAUCUUCAUAGAGGCAGAAAAGGGAGGAAAAAAAGCUUCAUUCAUUUGGAAAGGAGGUGGCAAGUCCAUGUCCCUGGUCUCCAGUGCGCAAAGCCGAAUAGGGGAGCAAGUGCAAAGAGUUGGAGAGAGUGCAAAGUAACCGGGCAUCGCAUGCACUAAGAGCCCAGGAGAGAAGAAGAACUGUCCAGUGCUUGGCACACUCAAGUGCCAACUCAAUUGGAUUCGUUUUAUCCAAUCUAAUAAGUAAUGACCAUUUUUCUUUUUUAGAAUUAUUUGGACUCAGAGAGAGAGAGAGAAAAAAAAUCGAAUUGCCUUUGACAAAUCCACAAGGCGCAGACCGGACGAAGAGAGAGCCACCACAGGGUCCAACCUAUCCAAACGCACCGGGUAUCACAUUCUGAGACAUUUCCAGUGGUUUCUUCACAACUGUCACUCGUCAAGGAUAUUUUCGCCCUCGGACAGAUCGCGCGCGGCACACAGCUGAAGUGCAUGUGUGUGUCGCUGAGGUACUGAGCGUCUGCGCGUCUCUGGUCAUCUGGAGAGCCGGAGCGCAAAGAUACUUUCGCUUCUCUCACAUUCACGGGACCCCUAUCUCUCUAUCCGCGGCUCGGAGCUGUGGCAGUUCUUUGGAAGUCCCAGGAAAAGUUUGUUACCGAGGAGGGGGAAACAAGCCCACGCCACGGACACGGAGGACAGAAGACGCGAGCCGACUAUUCCUUGUGCGGGUCUCUGGGCGAUGCCAGUGUAAAUGCCAGGGCAAUGUCCCGUCGCAAGCAGGGAAACCCUCAGCAUUUGUCGCAAAGAGAAAUUAUAACACCGGAAGCUGAGCAUGUGGAUGCGGGACUGGCCGUGGCUGAUCUCCACUCUCACUCGCUGCUGGAUCCCAGCAUGCCUGGGCCUCUGCCUCCGGGCUUGGGCGACCACGACCUCCUCACCUGUGGCCAGUGCCAACUAACCUUCCCACUGGGGGACAUUCUGCUCUUCAUCGAGCACAAGAAAAAGCAAUGCCAGGGUCUCACGACCGGCCACGGCUGCUACGACAAGAUGGCGGACCGCAAUAGCCCCUCGCCGCCCCACGCUGAGCUGAGGAAAGUGGUGGAACCGGUCGAAAUCGGAAUCCAGGUGACACCUGAAGAGGAGGACGAUAGACUGUUGACGCCCCCAAAAGGAAUUUGCCCCAAGCAAGAAAGUGGCCUGGCAGGUAGAGAUGAACCUUCGAGUUACAUAUGCACGACGUGCAAACAGCCCUUUACCAACGCCUGGUUCCUUCUGCAGCAUGCUCAGAACACGCAUGGGAUCCGCAUCUACUUGGAGACCAAUCCCUCGAAUACCUCCCUGACCCCACGGAUCACUAUUCCUCCCCCUAUUGGUGCUGAAUCCAUAACACAGUCUCCAUUAACCAACUUUUUGGGGGACAACAACCCCUUCCAUCUCCUACGGAUGACUGGGCCCCUACUCCGAGAGCCCCCACCAGGCUUUGUGGAAAACCGCCUCCCCAAUACGCCUCCCUUUGUCAGCCCCCCUCCACGCCAUCACUUAGAUCCCCAUCGCCUGGAACGCCUUAGCGCAGAGGAAAUGGGUUUAAUCUCCCAGCAUCCCAGUGCCUUUGAGAGAGUGAUGCGCAUGACACCCAUGGCCAUGGAGUCCCAGUCCAUGGAUUUCUCCCGCCGACUUAGAGAGCUUGCUGGAAACAACAACUCCACUCCACCACUGUCACCGAGCCGUGCCAACCCUAUGCAUCGCCUUCUUAAUCCCAACCCCUUCCAGCCCAGUCCGAAGUCGCCCUUUCUGAGCACCCCUCCACUGCCUCCCAUGCCUCCUAACAGCACCACCCCACCACAGACACAGGGCAAGACGAAAUCCUGUGAGUUCUGCGGCAAGACGUUCAAGUUUCAGAGUAAUCUGGUUGUUCAUCGGCGAAGCCACACGGGCGAGAAACCCUACAAGUGCCAAUUGUGUGACCAUGCCUGUUCUCAGGCUAGCAAACUGAAACGCCACAUGAAGACCCACAUGCACAAGUCUGGCUCCAUGACGGGGCGCUCUGACGAUGGCCUGUCCACCACCAGCUCACCCGAGCCAGGCACUAGUGACGUCACCGGGGAGGGUAUGAAGAACAGGGAUGGCGACUUCAGAGGUGAGGGCAUGGGCCCUGACAAUGAAGAGGAAGAGGAAGAGGAAGAAGAGGAGGAGUUGGAAAAUGAGAGCAGGCCUGAGUCAAACUUCAGCAUGGACUCUGAGUUCAGUCGAAAUAGGGAAAAUGGCACAAAGCCACCCUCGGAUGAGAAGAACCUCUCCUUGGGGAAGAUGGUGGAAAAUGUAGGGCUCAGCUCCAUCCAGCAGUAUAAUAACUUAAUAGUUGACAAUCGGAAAAGACUUCCGUUCUCCAAAAGGGUCUCAGAGGGACAGAGGGACAUGGGUGAUGAUGAUUCAGUAGUGGGGGAAAUGGACCAAGUGGAACGGGCAACUGUGAACGGAAGGAACUGUGGCUCAGGCGACUCUUUCUCAGGCCUGUUUCCCCGCAAGCCCACUCCGAUCACCAGUCCUAGCCUUUCCAACUCCUCUAACAAGAGGAUCAAAAUCGAAAAGGAUUUGGACAUACCCCCAGCCCCCCUAAUCCCGUCUGAAAAUGUCUACUCCCAGUGGCUAGUGGGCUAUGCAGCAUCCCGCCACUUCAUCAAAGAUCCCUUUCUCGGCUUCACCGAUUCCAGACAAUCUCCAUUCGCCACCUCCUCGGAGCACUCCUCCGAGAACGGCAGCUUGCGAUUCUCCACGCCGCCAGGGGACCUGCUGGACGGGGGCCUCUCCGGCCGCAGUGGUACCGCUAGCGGAGGCAGCACCCCGCACUUGGGUGGGGGGCCGGGACCGGGCCGGCCCAGCUCGAAAGAGAGCCGGAGAAGUGACACCUGUGAGUUCUGUGGGAAGGUGUUCAAGAACUGUAGCAAUCUGACAGUGCACAGACGCAGCCACACAGGCGAGAGGCCCUACAAGUGUGAGCUUUGCAACUACGCCUGUGCCCAGAGCAGCAAGCUCACCCGCCACAUGAAGACACACGGCCAGCUCGGUAAGGAAGUGUACCGCUGUGACAUUUGCCAAAUGCCCUUCAGCGUCUACAGCACGCUCGAGAAACACAUGAAAAAGUGGCAUGGGGAACAUUUGAUGACAAAUGAGGUCAAAAUUGAACAAGCAGAGAGAAGCUAAGCCAGAUUUCCUAUUUUGCCUCACAAUUCCUUGAUUAUAAAAGGGGUAGCUGGAUACUCUGUUUUUUUUUAGUCUGGGUUUUUUUUUUUUUUUUGCUUUUUUUUUUUUUUUUUUCAAGUUAAUGGUUUGAGUUAGUUUGUCCUAAUAAACUGCCAUCUGAGAAUGAUAAAGACAUUAAAGAAGAGGAAAAUGCAAAAAAAGAGGGAAAUUUAAUUUGGAGUCGGUAUAAACCGAGUGGAUACGUUAGACAAUAUUUUAAAUGGAGCCUUUAACUGUGCAAUAAUUUCUGUAUUUAUUGGAUUUUUAAAAAUGUUUUGGCAUGUGCAGGUUCAUUUUUAUUUUAUCAUUUUUUUUAUUCCAUUAUCUUAUGAUUUAUUUCAAAUGCUGAGAUUUUGUUUUUUUUUAACCCAAAAGACAUCCUGAGAUUUUUGUUUGUUUUUAGCAAAACAGAGUAUCGUUUGAGAAAUCCAUAGGCCGCUGCUUACAAUGUAGAUUAUUUAAGCUACACUUGUAAUUUCUUGAAGAGAAGCCGCAUUCAAUCUUCAAAUUUCAAAAGCUGAAAUGAGAAAGCUUUUUUGUUUUCCUUUGUUUAUUAUUCAUACUAAAUGAGCGGACAACAAUCCUUAGACCUUGUAGCACGAACUGAUUUUAAGCAUGUCAAUCUAAUUGGGAAUGUAGCACUGAAUAUCAGUUUUAACAGUAAAUCUAAAAAGGACUGUGGGGCUGAAAACCUCUGUCUACUCGAAAUCAAGAAGAAGAGACUAUAAAAACAGACAAAAGCGAAGGCAGCUGCUUAUCGGUACCUAGUACCAACCCAGACAACGCUAGUCAUAGGAUGGAUUGUGUUAUAGGUCUCAAUAGUGAAUUUUAAUCGCCAGCACCCUUUCCAUAGACACUGCACUUAAUCAAACCGUUUGAUUUUGCUGAACAGCACAAUAGUGGUAGAAGGAAGACGGCUUUAAAACAACUCAGGGUGAGCUGUAUAGCUACUUCUGCCAAGUCUGCCAUCUGAUCUCAGCCGUCUUCUCUGAUAAAGCAGUCCAGUCCUCUGGUUUAGCUCAUUCACAACCCUCGUCUCAUCUCGUUACGUCUCCACACUUCAUAUUACACUGCCGAUCACCCCUAAUGUCAUGAAUCAACUCCAUCUUUCACAUAAAAGUGGCUUGUCAUACUACAUUGUUAUUAAGUUAAAGGAACAGACAUUUAGGCCAGAGGAUGAAGCAGUUUUCGUACACUAGGAGGGUGACUUACACACACACACACACACAUAUACGCAGGAAGAGAAAGAGAGAGAAGGGUCUUUACAGUCCAAUUCGGGUUAGUAAACCUAAAAGCACAUUAGUCAAAUGCAAGGCAGCACCACUGUUCUGUUUCCAUUGACUGACAUUUAAAUCUAAACAUUGUUAUUUUGUGUUCAGUUCUGUUGUUUCAUUUUUUUGGGUAUUAGGGGCUGCGGUCCUAGAGGGAGUCACCACUUUAACCAGAUUAGAUUAGAAUUAAUUCAAUUAUACAUUCAGCAAUGUUGCCAUUCUAUUACAAUGUUUCUUAAAUCACUUGAAACAGCCCUAUGCAUUUUUGUACAUAUAUAUAUUUAUCAAUCAUUUUGAGAAACAAAUUUAUACUGCACAGUAAAUCUGAUUAUAGUUAAAAACGUAUAUAUUGACUUAUCUGGUUAAUCUGGUCGUAUCCCGUGUGUCAAAGCCAUCAGCAGGUAUGCAGAUUAGUCAAUUGCACAGUAAAGAGUGUAUGUCAUGACCUGUUGAGCGUGUGCUAAAACAGUAAGACAAUUUUUUUCUUUCUUUCCUCUCAUUCAGGACUUCCUGUGAUGUGUAGUUGAACGCAUUCUCAGAAGUAGCAACACGCUUACAGAAUGCACAGCUGAAUUUUCCCUUUUCUUUUCUCUUCUAUCCAACUGAUUUAUUGCCAGUUAAACAGCCUUCUUUCGACAAGAUGCCCUAACCAGCGCAAACGAUUGAAGCGAGGGAAUAUUGUGGUUUAAAAAGAGCAAAGCAAACUAAUGAAAUAGAAAGAGAGAGAGAAAGAAAAGUAAACAUACACAGCUCUUCGCAGUUGACCCGCACUUUAUUAUUUUGAUUUGCAUAUUUGAAAACAAUGGCGAAAACGGCUUCUGAGCAAGAAAUUAUGUUAAAAAACGGAUUUAUUAGGCCUUGCUAGAGGGAGCAUCUGAGAUUGAAGUGCCAGUGUUGAUAGGCUUGGCUUUCACAAUGCUGGCACUAUAAAAAUGAAAUUAAUUUAUUUGGACAGUUUUUGUACUGCCAUUCAAUUUGACAUGAGUGUGCCUUGAAUACUGAUCUUCCUAUUUAUUGUCUUAUAAGACAAAUGCUACACUUUUGUGAUGCAAAGAAUUGAAAAAAAAAAAUUAAGUUCAUGUGGUUUUAAUCUGCUUCUAAAAGAAUAAUGAUAAAAACAGAUACAUAGGUCAUUUAAAGAAGUUGAACUAAAAUGAGAAGUAGCCAGCACAAUACUAAUGUGUGUCUAUGUGUGUAUAUAUGUAUGUAUAUGUACAUAUAACUGCACAAAAACACACACAAUAGACAAAUAUAUAUAUAUGUAAAAUUUUUCACUUCAGGACAGGACUGCGUCCCUUGAAAAUAAUGGAUGAUUCUUUUGCUACGAAUAGUCAAAGAAGAGACUGGACAAAAAUCAGGAACUACAGAAACUUUAAAAAAAAAAAAAAAAGAAAAAAGAAAAAAAAAAAAAGUAAAACGUUUAGUGCACUCUGUCUUAAAAUACGUUUACAGUAUUGAAACAAGUACAAGGGUAAAAUGAUAUUUCUGUGUAUGUGUGUUUUAAACAAAUUUUUUUUUUCCUUUUUUUUCUCCAAGUUUGCUUAUAAAGUUUCUCUGAAUGCCAUAGUGGCGUGUGUAUAUUGGUUUUUGGUGAUGGGAUUUUAAGUAUAUAUAUAUAUAUAUAAAAAUAUAUAUAUAUAUAAAAAAUAUAUAUGACAUUUCUCUUGUUUACUGUAAAAGUAUACCAGUAUUUGUAAUAUUGGAGAAUGCCUGGGCAAUUUACAAAAAAAAAAGAAAAAAAAAAAAAAAAAAGGAAAGAAAAGAAAAAAAAAUAUUUUUUUCCCAAUUAUCAUUUCUUUCCGUCUUUUUCAUUUUUUUUUUUUUUUUUUUAAAGAUUCAUUUUACAGUCCAAUUUAAAUUGUGGGUCUUUAAAAUGUUUUGUCACUGUAACUGUAAAAGUCUUGAGUUUUAGUAACUUUUCUGCCUUGGGUGUAAGAAAAUAAAGAUUAAAUUGAUUGAAAGAGAACUGAUAUGGGGCCAGCGACAUUUACGUAUGGAAAGAUACUGAGGUUCCUGUCAUGUGUAUCUUUCUGGUUUCUUCUUCAGUAAUGAAUUUUCUUAAUGGCUGGAAUGAAAUACAUGUGUAGGCACUAUGAUGUGUUUAUGUGUGUGUGUGUAUAUAUAUAUAUACUGUAUAUGUACACACAUUUGGCAGGAUACAAUUGUGAAAAUUGAAAUUAAAAAUGUACAGAUGAGUUUAAGAGGUUGUCUGACCUUUUACUGUAGCUACAUAUACAACAGUAAAUGUUUUGUUCACUCUUAUCUUGGUUGUAAAUAAUUUUAUAUGCUUGCCCAGACUUUGUUUAGUUUUCUCUCUCUUUCUUGAUCCCUCCUCCCCCUUUCUUGAUUUUUUUAAUUUUUUUAAUUUGUGUGUUCUGACUAGCACUGGCAGCAGUCUGUCUUUAUUUAAACCCCCUUCUGUCCUCUGACUGGGGCAUAAUACCUGAUUUUUGGGGCCUGUAAAGUUCAGGUCUUUUAGCAUGAGAAGAAUAGAGCACAAAUAUGAAAUGUUUUACUUGUCCAAAUCAUUAUUGUGUCAUCAUUUUAUGAUCAGGAAGUAAAGAAAAAGGUCUGGAAAGUUUGGAAGGUCUUUCUCUCUCUCUCUCAGUCUCCCUCCCUCUGCACACACACACAUACACAUACACACACACACCCACAAGAAACAGGCUCGCUCAUAAUAUGUCUAAAAUAAUCGACACAGGGGACUUUCAAAUGUGUAGGUAACAGGAUAGCCGAGCCAAACCUUGCUGUAUAUGAUCUUCUCUUCAAUUGUGUGCAAUUCACAUCAAAGCUUUUUGCCGCCAACCAAAGGCUACAAUUAAAGUCAUCAAGAGCUACCAAAACUGACCACACUCAUACAGACACAAAUCAAUCAGCCUGACCCACCAUGUAUGCUUUCAAACCCUUUCCCAGAAUGUAUUAACCUCUAGUAUCUGCAUCUUAAAAAAAAAAAAAGAUGUGGCACUUUGUGGAGGUCAGAGAGCUCUGUAUGACUGUUUGUCCACUCAUUUAUACAGUACAUUCAUCUCAAACUGACAAUUAUGUUCACUUGUGUUAUACUAGUUGUUUUUGAAAGCUGCCCUUCUGUGUAUAUUUUAGUCUUUUUUUUUUUCCUCCCGUAUUUCUUCCAAGCAUUAGAAGCUGAUGCCCCUUGUUUGGACUGAGGCAACUUUGGUAUGCAGGUCUUGAAUAAAAAAAACAAGAUUUUUUA